AUGGAGCGCGUUAACGGGCACCGCGCCGCCCCCGAGUGCCCUUUCCGCAGUGGUCCAAGAGUUGACGGCCAAAGGGCCGGGAAGCCGAGCCUGCGCCUGAAGGUGCCGGUGCCCCUAAGGUUGAAGAACCACCUGACUUCGGAGGAGAACUUCGACGCGCUGCAUUCGCACAUCGGUGAAGUUUCGAGUUUCAACACAAAAUGCUCGGAGAAAGUUUGUCAAACAAGUAUCAUGGACAUCCCCAGCCGAGGAGAUACGGCUCGAACUGUAGAAGAGAUUUAUAAAGAAGGACAAGCUUUUAUCAAAGAAUAUUUCGCGUCCAUUCGCAGGGAAAACUCUGAUGCUCACAUGUCGAGGCUAAAGGAAAUCGAAAAGGAAUUGACAACCAAAGGCACUUAUGAUCUCAAAACUCCAGAGCUAGUGUUUGGCGCAAAGUUAGCUUGGCGCAAUGCUACAAGAUGCAUUGGACGAAUACAAUGGAAGAAAUUGCAAAUAUUUGACUGCAGAGAGGUAACGACAGCCAGUGGAAUGUUCGAAGCACUCUGUAAUCAUAUCAAAUAUGCCACGAAUAAAGGAAAUAUAAGGUCGGCAAUCACAAUAUUUCCACAGCGUACAGACGGCAACCACGAUUACAGGAUUUGGAAUCAACAACUCAUCAGUUAUGCUGGUUACGUUGAAGAGGACGGGUCCAUUUUGGGAGAUCCAGCUCGUGUUGAAUUCACAGAAAUCUGCAUCAAACUAGGCUGGGAACCACCUCGAACAGCGUGGGAUAUAUUACCUUUAGUAUUAUCAGCCGACGGCAAAGAUCCAGAGUUCUUUGACAUUCCACGUGAGAUUAUCAUGGAAGUGGAAAUGGAGCAUCCGAGGUACGAAUGGUUUAAAAACCUCGACUUACGUUGGUACGCAUUGCCAGCGGUGUCGGGAAUGAGAUUGGACUGCGGCGGAUUGGAAUUCACGGGAACCGCCUUCAACGGUUGGUACAUGGGCACGGAAAUCGGCUGUCGCAACUUCUGUGAUGCCAACCGACUUAAUAUUGUCGAGGAGCCUGCGUGGAAAACACAUCAAUGGUCGAAGUCCGAAAACAACGGCAAUGGACACAGAAAGUUUCACUUCAAGCAAAUCGCCAGAGCUGUUAAGUUCACUUCGAAACUGUUCGGGCAGGCUCUUUCCAAACGCAUUAAAGCGACUAUACUUUACGGCACUGAAACUGGAAAAUCCGAACAAUACGCUAAGGAACUGGGAACUAUAUUUGGACAUGCAUUUAACGCGCAGGUACACUGCAUGUCGGAGUACGAUAUGUUCUCAAUAGAACACGAAACUCUCCUUUUGAUCGUAACUUCCACCUUUGGCAACGGAGAACCUCCUGCGAAUGGCGUAGAAUUCGCUGAACACUUGUUCCAAAUGCUUUACAAUGAAAAGCAAAGUCAAGGUGACCAAACGGGAGAUAUCGCUGGGAACAACAAAAUUCCAACCCCGAAAUCUCUGAUGAGGACAAACAGUGUGACUCCAAAUAAUGAUUACAAAAGGCAACUAUCACGUUUAGAAUCGAAUAAAAGCAGUGUGGCGGGCGCAUCGUCAAUAGAGAACAUCGGACCGCUGAGUAACGUUUGUUACGCAGUUUUCGCACUGGGGUCAAGCGCGUACCCAAAGUUCUGUAACUUCGGAAAGACAGUAGAUAAAGUACUUGAAGAUUUAGGAGGCGAAAGGCUCCUUGAAUUAGCUUGCGGAGAUGAGAUGUACGGACAAGAGCAACAGUUCCGAAACUGGUCCUCUAAUAUAUUUCAUGUAGCUUGUGAAACGUUCUGUUUAGAAGAAAACGAAAUGGUAAAAGAUGGUAAAAAGGCUCUUGGAUUGAUGCCACUGACUGAAGAGACAGUGAGAUUUGGAAAACCCGACAAAAUUCUGCCCAUGAAGUCUGCGCUUGAAGUAGGAUUUAGAAAGCAGCUGUUAACAUGCGUUGUCAAGGAAAAUAAGCACCUCGGUGAUUUCACUGCUGACCGUGCUACGAUUUUUCUCGAUAUGGAGUCAAAUAACGAAUUAAAAUACGAGCCGGGAGACCACGUCGGAGUUUUAGCCUGUAAUCGCAAGGAAAUCGUUGACACAAUCUUACAAAGAUUGAAAGAUGUCGAAAGUUAUGAUAAACCUGUUCAACUACAAGUUUUGAAGGAAACUCUCACUCCUACAGGCGCAGUGAAAAAUUGGGAGAAACACGAACGCUUGCCAGCCGUCUCAGUAAGAGAUAUUUUCACAAGGUUUCUGGAUAUAACUACGCCACCUUCAACCAAAGUGUUGAAAUACCUAGCAACGGCAUGCACUGAACAAAGAGAAAUCAAUUUCAUCAACGAAUUAGUUGAGCCAAGAUUUUAUUCCAUAUCUUCCUCACCGUUAGCACAUCCCCAAAGGAUACAUAUAACGGUCGCUGUUGUAGUUUACAAAACUCAAGGUGGACAAGGCACUACUCAUUAUGGCGUAUGCUCAACAUAUCUGCAGAAUCAAAAGCCAAAUGAUGAAUUAACAAUCUUCAUAAGAAGGGCACCAAAUUUCCAUAUGCCUCAAGACCUAUCCGCUCCACUUAUUUUGGUCGGACCAGGUUCGGGUAUUGCACCAUUCAGAGGAUUCUGGCAUCAUCGGAAAUGCCAAAUUUCUAGUUCUAAGGUGACUAAUGUUGGACCCAUUUGGCUAUUCUUUGGCUGCCGAUACAGGAGUAUGGAUUUAUACAAAGAAGAAAAAGAAGAAGCAGUAGCUUGCGGGGUCCUUAAUAAAUCAAUGUUAGCGCUUUCGAGGGAAGACGGCGUUUGUAAGAAGCACGUUCAAGCCCUCCUAGAAGAUGAAGGUGCUAGUAUCAUUCGAAUGCUCUUAGAAGAUAAAGGUCAUUUUUACGUAUGCGGUGACUGCAAGAUGGCUGAAGAAGUUAAACAGAAACUAAAAGAAAUCAUAAGUGCCAAUUCCAAUAAGACCCAAGACGAAGCUGAAGAUUUUAUUCUUAACUUGAUGGAUGAGAACAGGUACCACGAGGACAUUUUUGGUAUCACACUCCGAACAGCUGUAGUUCACAGUGCGUCGAGGGAAUCAGCAAAGCGGACGCGGCUUGAGUCUGCCUCAAACACCAAUGACACAAAGAAU